AUGACUUACUUCGCAUGGGAUUCGAUCACAGAAGCUUCACAUUUCCACGGUGCUUCAGCCACCGUUCUUGUCAUGUAUAAAACGAUCACGUACAUUAACUCUUGUGUCACCAUCGUUUCCCCAUUUUCGGUUUGGCUACGAAGAAAGGCGUUGGCUGACUGUUUACAACAAAUGACGACCUUGGAACACGUAUUUCACCAUUCCGUUGGAAUCAAAAGGAAUUUCAAAUCCAUGUAUAUUCGUCUAGCCAGUGUAGUUUUCCUCAUUGUUUCAGUAACCGGAUGUGUAACAAUAUACGACUUCACACAGGUGCCGAAAGAGAGCGUAUCUCUCAUGAACAUUUUCAGUGUCACAAUUUUGAUACAUUAUCCGUUGAUUGUCACACUUCUGCUGGACUUGAACUUCUGCGUCAGGGCAGGAUACCUUCGAAGGAAAUUUCGAGAUUUGAAUCGAAUUUUGCCAAGAUUGGCAGAAAACCUUUUCACGUCUUGUUGCAACAAGAAACGUAAAAUUAAAGGAGCAAAGAUGGUGCAUAAAAUUGAUAGAGCGGAAACCGCACACUCUACUAGGGACGUUUCAGACUUGUUGAGUGAAAUUCGGAAAGCUUACUCGGAACUCUGCAAGCUGACUCGAACGGUAAACUAUGCCUUUGGAAUACAAAAUCUAUUGUCCAUGGGAAUAUCCUUCGUCGUAGUUACUGGAAUGCUAUACACUAUUUGCCGUGCUCUGUCAUUGGGAGGUCUUACCUAUGCCACCGUCCGGAACAUAAUUUCGGCGACCCUUUGGAGUGGAAUAUACAUCCUCAAGAUUUUGGUGAUCAGUCAUAUUUGCUGGCGGACUGGCAAUGAGGCACGACGAACCGGGAAGUUGAUCUACGACCUUCUGGAAUCCAGAGUCGAUAAGAAUCUUCAAAAUGAGAUUGAAGCAUUCUCAGUACAGAUUAUUCAGCAUCCCAUAGAGUUCAAUGCUCAUGGAUUCUUCACUCUAGACUUCACCCUUGUUCAAAGUAUGAUUGCAUCCGUAUCAACGUAUCUGGUGAUCCUUCUGCAAUUGAGUCCUUCCAAUGGUCAAAUCUAA